GUCCCGUUCUUUGACGGGUUGGGGUGAGGGAGAGGGGGAAGAUAUUAAGAAGAAAAAAACAACAUUUUGUAGAAAACCUUACUUUCUGUACUCCGUAAAUCGCAUUUGCUGUUUUCGGAUCCAAGCCUGUCUGAAAGAGAUUCAAUCAAGAUGAAAACAAUUGGUGUUGCCGUGUUUGGAGCCGUGUUCUGCACUGUUCUGACUGCAUCCCUGAAAGUCAAAGAAGAACACAAGAUUGCUUUUUUCGGCGAGGAUGUGCACAUCCCACUCCCCUCCCUAGUCAGCACUGAUGUUCUGUUCAAGCCCGCCUCCAACCGCACCGCCGAGGUGGUCCUGAUGAGGGACGGGCGGGUGGUGGGCCACCGGGCCCAGCUCAACUCCCUCAAGCACCUCAUCCUGGAGGAUGUGGGGGAGGAGAACGAGGGCAUGUACGUGAUCAAGAACACAGAGGCCCCUGCCGAUGUCAAACACAUCAUCCUCAUCGUCAGGGAUUGCGCGCUGGAGCAGGUGGUCAAGUACGGUGAGACAUACCACAUCCCACUCAGUGACAUCUUGGGCCCUAUCACCCUGGAGUUCAGGUCCAGUCAAGCUCAGGCCAAUCAGACCACGGAGCCCCCUGCAGUGGUAUUGCUCAACCAGACUUCCACCCCCCCAGAGGAGUACAAGGGUCGUCUGAGUGUGUCCGAGAAAAGGGUGACUCUAGGCAUGGUGCGGGGGACAGACGAGGGAAGCUUCACCGUACUGGACCGCGAUGGGAAAGUCAGGAGGAGGUCAUGCCUGAACGUGAAAGAGCACCAGAACUUCGUCCCCCUAUCAUAUGGCAGUACUUUGAAGAUCAACCUGUUUGUGGACCACACCAAAGUCAACCUCAUGUACACUCCAGACUGGGACCGGAAGGACCGGGUCAUACUAGAGCAAGGAGAGCUGGUGGUGCCGUUGGACCCUUCACUGGACGGCAGGCUGACUGUAGAAGGCUCCGUGUGCAUUCUGGAGAGGGUCCGGGUUAGUGACAUGGGGCUCUUCAGAGUGACAGACCUGUUGGGGUUCCCUGUGACCAACAUCUACCUGGAGGUGGAAGCCUAUAAGUUACCCACGCUGUAUGUUGCAAUCCUCUCCUUACUGGGCUUCCUGGUCCUCCUCUUGCUGGUGUGUCUGCUCUCCUGCCUGAUAAAUGUGCGCCGUCGGGCGGAGAAGGCGCGGCAAAUUGCCCUCAUCGCCCAGCAGGCGGGCAAGGGGGAUGGAGAUGCAUUCGUCAAGGUUGUUCAAGAGGCCUAUACACGGUUCGCUGAGGAAUCCACUUUGACGUCUACGUGGGACAACAGCAAUGCUACAGAGAGCACGGAGGUCACCAUUAAGGGUCUGGAGGUAGGCAAAGCAGGUCGCUACCACACUCUCUCCUCGGACAAGAACUUCCUGGAGAUGAGCGACUCGGGGGUAGAGUUCAACUCCUCCACCCUCCCGUUGGACAGCGAAUGUGAGACGGACGUGCCCCAGACCUUCACCUCCCACAAGCUGCUCCUCAACAACUCUGACAGUGUGGCCGCCACCAUCAUCCCCGAGGGAGACCAGAGUGCCAACCAGACCCCCGACUCGGCCAUGAGCCCCAGCUACGUGACCCAGGCCCGGUCUGAGGCCGACGCCGAUGAAGAAGACCUGAUGGGUGUCACCACGCCAGAAAGGGCAUCCAGUGGCGCCGAGCUGUCUGCAGCACUUGAGGCAGCCGAUAAAGCUAUCAGCCCGUCAGUUCCCAAUGCCACUGCAGAGAGCACCACCACCUGAGCGCAAACCACCGGACACCCUGACAAUCUUUACUCUUCAGCCUCAAUUACCCCCCACCCCCCCACGCAGACAUAACCCAAAUCCUGAUCACUGCUUUUAUAAACUAAAACUACACAAAAAUGCUUGGUGUAAAAAUUGCCAGUCUAAAUGCACUCGACUUAAUCCCUAAAGAAAAAAUACAAGACCCUCGCUCAUUAGAAUACAUUAAUUCUGUGCAUACAGGAAAUGCAUGUGUAACGGAGUUAAGAACGUACCGUAAGCUCACUCCACAGCUAGCUUGAAAUGUCGAGGAUGGAGCGUUCCAAUUGAUACCUUUUGGGAGGCUCAGCACUUUGGAAUGUUGUCACGCAGGGCUGUCAGGUGUGUUGCGAAGCAGAUGAUCACUGGUUCGAGCCCAGUAUGGGGCAGUCGGACAGUGGGGGAAGCUAAGCUGUUAGCAGCAGACUGACCCCUGUUACACAUGCAUUUAAAUUAGACUUAAAAGCCAGGAUUUAGCCUUAGCUGGCCCAAGAGGCAAUUUAUAUUAUUGAUGACUGCAUAGUGCAUGCAUGCCUCUUUGGCCUAAGACCAGAGACAGAGAUAAUAUCUAAGAUAACUUGGUGGACUAAGGGAAAAGGCAUUAUGAUGAUUCAUGAAAAUACAUUAAGAUUACCAUGCCCAAAAGGAAUGAGCGCACACUGAUAUCUGAGUAACUUUUUUAUACCCCUGUAAAAAUGAAUCCCAGAAUUCUUCUAAUGACAAAAAUGUAAACAUUUUUGACAGAGCGAAAAUAUAUUUGAUCUAUAUUUCUUAUUAGCAUUGAAUGCUCUUACCACCAGUACUGUAUGUGGGGACAUAGACAUAGCAGCUGUAUGUGGGGACAUAGACAUAGCAGCUGUAUGUGGGGACAGAGACAUAGCAGCUGUAUGUGGGGACAGAGACAUAGCAGCUGUAUGUGGGGACAUAGACAUAGCAGCUGUAUGUGGGGACAGAGACAUAGCAGCUGUAUGUGGGGACAGAGACAUAGCAGCUGUAUGUGGGGACAGAGACAUAGCAGCUGUAUGUGGGGACAGAGACAUAGCAGCUGUAUGUGGGGACAUAGACAUAGCAACUGUAUGUGGGGACAAAGACAUAGCAGCUGUAUGUGGGGACAUAGACAUAGCAGCUGUAUGUGGGGACAGAGACAUAGCAGCUGUAUGUGGGGACAGAGACAUAGCAACUGUAUGUGGGGACAUAGACAUAGCAGCUGUAUGUGGGGACAGAGACAUAGCAGCUGUAUGUGGGGACAGAGACAUAUCAGCUGUAUGUGGGGACAGAGACAUAGCAGCUGUAUGUGGGGACAUAGACAUAGCAGCUGUAUGUGGGGACAGAGACAUAGCAGCUGUAUGUGGGGACAGAGACAUAGCAGCUGUAUGUGGGGACAGAGACAUAGCAGCUGUAUGUGGGGACAGAGACAUAGCAGCUGUAUGUGGGGACAGAGACAUAGCAGCUGUAUGUGGGGACAGAGACAUAGCAGCUGUAUGUGGGGACAGAGACAUAGCAGCUGUAUGUGGGGACAGAGACAUAGCAGCUGUAUGUGGGGAAAUAGACAUAGCAGCUGUAUGUGGGGACAUAGACAUAGCAGCUGUAUGUGGGGACAUAGACAUAGCAGCUGUAUGUGGGGACAUAGACAUAGCAGCAAAAUAUAUGACAUAUGGUAAUAGACCAAAUUCAUUCUACAAAUAACAUUGUAAUACUAGAUUAACAAGACCAAUAAAGACAACUUUAUUUUUUAAUAAAUCUCGGUAAAAUAAAUGCUUCUGACAAACAUAAACCCAGAGUAUCUGACAUAGGCCUAUACCGCUACAAUUUCAUUACAUCCAGAGAGACACUAUUAACAGAAAGUACAGGCAUGGCAUUAGGCUUUGGCACCAACUCAGAGAAAGCGCUUGUCUCAGCAUAUAGCCUCUAUAGAAUAGCAGAGUUGGAGAGCUAAAACCCCCAAGAUCUUCUUACAACAUUCUUGCUAACCGACACAAGCUAGUAGAUUGAAUAACACCAUGCUAUGCAAGAAAGCUAGUAGUGUCCCUGAGCAUGUAACAAGGUGUCCAAUCUCUGCCACUUUUGAUGACAUAAUCCCAGCACAGUAAAUGUUUACUACAUCCCUCAUCUUGCAAAACAAAUGACCUGGAACUAAUACAACAGGAACUUCACAUCAGGUCAUUCUAAACCCCUCCACAUCACGUUUCUCAUUAGAACCCCAGCCACUGCAGAACAAGCCUUGGAACAGAGACUUCUAGAACUUCUCUGACAGAUGGGACAUGACAAUGAUCCCUUUGGAAGGGACCUGAACGUUUGGAUCGCUGCCCUUUAAUAAAGGCAAGUAAGUAAGGCAGACCUAUGGAGAAGGAAUUACAUGCAUGAUGUCCUUUUUCAUUCCUAUUUUCCCUGACCCCAUGGCCCUGUUCGGCAAAAGGAACUGAAUGCUGAAUUCAUAAAUGCUAACAAUUAAGCCAACUUACUUUCCUGACAGACUGAAAACACUGCUUAGUGAGUGAGACUGGAGCGCCAACAAAGCCAGCAAGUUAUUAAGAUUCAAUGUAUUUUGCUGCUGCAUUCAUCACUGUCUUUAUGGGGGAAGGUUUUUACGCAUUCUCUUUUAACACAAUAUACAUUGCCAGAGUCACUUAUUUGAACCACACAUCCCACCCAGAACCUCUAAACGAAUAACAGUAGCUGCCUCAUCUCAAUUCAGUGCAGCAUCUUUUGCAAACGCGUCGUAUUCCGGAUAGGCGAGGAUGAAUGACUAGACUACAACGAAGAGGCAAAGUCACAAUGCAAACAUAGAACAUCAUUCUUAUCCAGCACCGUGAUUGCUGAACUUCUUCAAUUUCGUGAUGAUUGUAUUGUCUUAAGUUCUAUUCGAGUUGUAACCCAGAUCUAUAUCAAUCUGUUCGGUCUGAAGAGGAAAAACACAGAACCGUUCACUGACCAUUCAGAUAACACCAGUCCAUUUGCUGCAAAUAUACAUUACAAAGACAUCCACCCUCAGUCCAUUUGCUUCAGAAACAGUAUAUUAUUACAUCCAUUACAACAUCUGACGAACCAUUCCACUAAGGCCUCCCAUUGUUUUCAACUCUAGUCCAAUCAGGUACUGCAUAUUAUUAACGAAGGCAUUCUGUAUGUCGAUAAUAGGUGGGUGUAUAGCUGACCAUGUUAAAAAUGUCAAAGCAGAGGUAAUGAAGGGGUGUAACAGUCCCAGGCAUUCUGGGACAUGGCGUAGUUGUUGGUGGGGGACAGCAUCUGCUAGCAAUAUCGCUGCCUCGUGUUGUAACCGAUUUAGGAUGUCCGUGAGAGGAACUCAAGAGAGUAAGUCAAAUAUGAUUGGUGUCAGAAAGAAAAAGCACAAAUAUAAUUACAUGAGAAAAAGUCCCUGUGUAACAAAAAUGUUUUGAAAUGUUUUUGUUUUUUAUUGCAGCUGUUGUAAAUAAUAAUACCUGCAAAAUACAAGUAUAAUUCUACUUUGCUUUUUUGUUUAAAAUGAAGGUUUAAUUGUUUUUAAUGCAACAUAAGAAUACUGGACAGCAUAAAUAUCUUAUGUAUAAAUGAAUCAUAUAUGAUGUAGCUACUUGAUCGUUGAUAUUCUAUCGGCUAUUAUCUUGGUUUUGUGGAGUAUUACAAUUUUAUAGAUGUGUGUUAAAUUGGUGCUGAAUUUGCACUGAUUAGAUUAGGAUGGAUAACAACGUUGACUAAAGACAAUGUAAAAGCCACCUAAUCUUUAAAGCUAUCCCUUCCAUAUCAGGUAACAAGCUACUGAAUCCAUUGUCUGGGGAGGUAUAUUUGACCCAUUCCUAUUUUAGCUAAUUGAUUUCUGAUUGAAUCUUGAGCAAUAUCCGUGCUGUAGCACCAAAAUUAUUAUUAUAUUUUAUAACUGUGUAAAAAAAAGUACAUCUACAAUUCAUACACACAUAUACUAUACCUUACAAACAUUACCCAAAGCUCACUUUCAAGCACCCUUGUAUAUAGCCUAGAUAUAUUGCAUGUGCAUCGCCAAUACUGUUUCUUACUGCAAAGUUAUGCAACAUGUUAUAUCCCUGAAUUGCGUCUUUUAUCCUUUCACUAAGUUCACAGUAGAUAGAUACUGAUACGCAUAAUAUAUGAGAUGCCUUAGACUGAGAAGACGUAAUAGCAGUAAAAUGCUCCCUUUCUCUUCCGCUCUCUGUUGCAUCACAUAUCAUCUACCUAUCACGCGAUAGUAUCAGCACCUGAGAAUGUUUUUGGAAAAAUGCUUGACGCGCUUGAACAUUUCGUCAGAACUCGUAGUGUCACGACUAUAACUAAUAUUUUUGUUCUUCUUAUGCAGAUAACUGCUGUCAUAGCUGUAGUAUUCCCAAGAGCUACUGCUGCAUGCUGACCUGUAUAUUGCCUGUGAGACAGCAGGAAUACUGCACUAUUUAAAUUGCACUGUAGGCCCUAUCCUGUUGGUGUCCGUUCAUGCAGUCAAUGAGGUAUUCUCAAAUGUCAAUAUUACUAUGGCUAAGACUGGAAUAAUGUACACCUCGACCCGCAAAAGCCAUGACAAAAUCAGCUCUGCAAUUUUCAAGUGUACCAGUUUCUUUCUUUCUUUUUAGGUUCAUUGGAAUGGGUAGUGUAUUACUAUGAUGUGACAACGUAGGAAAGGUUUGUCUUGAGAAAACAUAAAGAAUAAAGGGAGAAAACGUGCCGGAAUGCUAGAAAGAGAGGUCAAGUUUUUUGUAGACCUGCAUUAAAUUCUAUUUUCUUAAUAUUGAUGUCAGCCUACAUGGUAUGCAAGCAAAUGGUCACCCAGGGGGGAGAGUAAGUCUUGGGGUGACUUUAUGCUAUAUACAGGAAAAGAAUGUGUGAUUUUGGUGACAAAGUUUGACCAUUCAUUAUUGAGCCUACCAUGUAUGUGCAUCCUUUAAACAAGACUCAGUAGUAUUUAGUAUUCAGCAAUAUAUGUCCAGUUUACCUACUUCAGGGUUGAGUUCACUAGCCCGAAGUACAUAGUUGAAAUCAGCUGAAUGUUUUUUAUCUACCUGGCAGGUUUAUUUCAGAUCCCUUGGUGGGAAAAUGUCAGAUAUAUUCAGGAAAACUGCUUCUGCAAAUUAAACGAUGCGUGCUAACCUUGGUUGUUAUUAUUGCAUUUGAUUGUUUUGUUUCAUUUAAAAUGAAUGACUUUCCAAACUUGUCUGUUAGGUUUAAGUCCAGAAUUCUUACUGUUGGUUCCCUAGCUAUAUUAUCAUUGACUUUUAUAAUACUUCGCUAUCAUGUAGAAACAACUAUGCCCUUGUAUGCUAUAAUUAACAAUUUAUCAAAUGUAAUACUUUUGGCAUCAUGCACAGAAUUUUUUUUCUAUGUUGUUUUUUUCUGUAAUGAAUGAGCAAUGUCCAUUAAAGGAUUUUGAA